AUGAUGGCCGAUAUCUAUUCAAAAGCCGACAGAGUCAUUGUGUGGCUCGGAGAGAGUACGCCAGAGUCCGACUACGCGCUCACUUGGUGCCAGCAUGUGUCCCGAAUGUCUUUCAACUGGCCCGUAGCAAAGUUCAACUACAGGCCAAACCUAUUGAGAGCAAAAGAGCGGCGUCGCGUCGCUACCUGGUUCAGAGAACGCGGCACAGCCUAUGCUCUUCGCUUUUGCCCACGGUGGUAUCCUUAUAAGUCAAGAUCGAUGCAGGACUUGUUGAAUAGAGGCUGGUUUACCAGGACCUGGACGAUUCAAGAAGUUGCCCUGGCCUCCGCUCCUCUCGUAAUGUGCGGCCAAAAGACAAUACUGUGGGGUAACUUGAUGGGCGGCUUUGACAUUGCCUUUGAACACGAAAACACCGACACAGUCCGUUCUGCACGGAACGCAGCGCAGUGCAUCGAAAUCCUCUGGCUGUGUCUUUUACAAAAGAGCUGGGACGACAGCGACGCUCGGUUCUACGACAUGGCACUGACCUUGUUUUCGUCGAGCUCGAAGAAAGAAACGCUUCGAAGACUUCGCGUGCUCAAGGAGGUUUACGUGCGUACUUUGCUAGUACUCGUUGUUGGUAUGGCGGUAUACCGAUUCGACAGGGGUCACUGGAGGCUGGAAAACAGUGACUGGGAUGCAUGGAUACUUGUCAUUCUCAUAUUCUCCCUCGGAUUUAUAAUGGCAUUCCUCAACCCACCCGAAGAAUUUGCCGAAGGUAGGCAACAGCUGCUUCGAAAAGCUCUGAUCAACAACAUCAACCUUGUCCGCCUUCGUGGCGCGGCCGACUUGCGAGACAAGGUUUUUGCAUUGUAUGGCGCAUUCCGAGCUCUCGGUAUCGCCUUAGACGACCCAGAAUAUGAACACAGCACCGUUGCUGACGUCUUUUUUCGUUUUGUACGACGCAUCAUCGAGUGGCAGAACAAUCUGGAUAUACUAAUCGAGGCUUCGUUGCUCUCGUAUCCAGGAACACCUACAUGGGUGCCUGAUUUGAGCAGAGAGUAUCACAGAUGGGAAGUGCAGCGUUUCAAGGCUGCCGGAAGUUCAGCGCCUAAUUUCACAUAUCUGGUCGGGAUACUGCGAACCGCAGGACUACUUGUGGAUAUGGUAACUAAAACCUGGGCGGUAGAGUCCAAAUGGAAAUACAGCUUCCUAACAAAUGAGAAGAGAUAUGAGGGGGUCACUUCAGGUCCUGUACAGGCUGGUGAUCUGAUAGUAUUGAUAUCUGGUCUGCGGGUGCCCAUGGUACUCCGCGGAGUGGGUGAAGGCUACCAAGUCAUUGGAAUGGCCAAGGUGAAGGGAAUCAUGGAUGGCGAAGCUUGGGAUGAUGAAGUACUCAAAACUAUGUUUGACUUGGCGUAG